ACACAAGAGUCAAGACCAAACAAAGACUGCCGACGUUUCUAUCGAAAUUAAACGAGUGAAAAUUUGCGCAUGAGUCAUUGUAUUGUCAUCGAGUGCAGAAACACGUCUCGUUAGGACAUGGCGGACGUUAGCGAGCAGCCGGAAGCUGAAGCUCCUGACGCCACGGCAACGGACGAGGAUGCUGAUGGCGAUGCUACAGACGCGUUUGGCGUACCUGGGAGCGUGUGGGCGGCGGGCGGCGCGUCUGCGCGGACGGAGAUACCGCUGGACGACGCUUACCGGAUGGACCACCCGCGCCGCGGCCGCGCCAUCAUCAUCAACAACAAGCUGUUCCAUCCGCGCACGCAGAUGAGCGAGCGCAGCGGCACGGACACGGACGCUAGCAGCCUCUACGUUCAGCUGAGCAAGCUGGGAUUUGACGUGUCGCGAUACGACAACCUCAGGGCCAAGGAAAUGGUGCGCGUGAUGGAGGCAGCCGCGCGCGAGGACCACACGGACGCAGACUGCUUCGCGGCGGCCAUCUUGAGCCAUGGCGAGGAGGGAGUGGUGUUCGGUGCGGACGGGGAGGUGGGCAUCGACGCGCUCACCGCGCCCUUCAAGGGUCCGCGCUGCAAGUCGCUCGUCGGCAAACCAAAGAUCUUCAUCAUACAGGCGUGCCGCGGCACGGAGCUGGACCACGGCGUGGACGCGUCGGACGCGGAGAGCGGCGGCCGGGAUGAGGAUGAGGCAGACGCCGUCGCCGUGCAACGCAUCCCCGUCGAAGCCGACUUCCUCAUGUUCGACCCGUUCCUCCCCGCAGGCUACUACUCCUGGAGGAACUCGGCGCGCGGCUCCUGGUUUGUGCAGUGCCUGUGCCGCGCGCUCGAGCGAUUCGCCGGCAAGAUGGAGUUCUGUCGUCUGCUGACGCGCGUCAACAAGAUGGUCUCGUACGAGCACGAGUCGAACGCGAGCUCGGCGUCCAUGAACCGCAAGAAGCAGGUUCCCUGCAUCUCGUCAAUGCUCACGCGCGACCUCUACCUCCCACCGAGGCAGUGAGGAGGACUGCGGGGGGGAGGGGGCGGGGAUGGAGCGAUGUCAUGAGGUGACGACAGUCGUCGUGUGGUAUGGUGGAUGUUGCAUGAACGUGGAGGGAUGCCGCAUUUAUGUGGCAUGUGGAUGCGAAACGAUGCUGCUUAAAUGCUAAAGGGUAUCGCGUGAACACAGAGUGAUGCUGUGCGGAGAGCUAACUGAUGUUUGUGUGUCUGUCAGGAGUGUGAUCGCACAGAUGUAGGAGUAUUGGUAGCAAUUGUGAUAUAGGAAUCGGCAGUCGAUGAACGCACCGCCUCAUACGUAGCAGCGUUGAAUUGUUUCUGUUUUCGUGCUGUGAGGUUGCGAGCGUUGGUGCAGACAGUGAAUAAACAAAACACACUCGUCUGUCUAGUGAAGUGAGGUCACACGCUCAAGCUGCGGGCUCUCUAUGCAAUGGUCUGUGAUGCACGGCAAGUGGCGACACCUAUUGGAAUUUUUAAGCACCGUUGUGUGAUGUAAAUGAAAAGAGCGGUUGACUCGUAGUUUCCCCAUCUGUUUCUACGCUUAUGGAAACAGAUGGGUUUCUAUCUAGUUCUAUGGUUAUGGAAAUGGAUAGCUUUUCUAUCAAAUGCUACGGUUAUUGAAACAGAUAGCCUUCGGAGUUUAUGCUACGGUUUUGGAAAUAGGUUUCCUGUCUAUUUCUAUGGUUUACGAAAAUGGAUAGGUUCUGUAUCUAUUUCUCUGGUUAUAGCGAUAGAUAGGUUUGCUAUCUAAUUCUUGUGGUUUGACUUGUGAUGACGUCAUUGUCCCUGUGAUGCAGGGAUGUUUACUGCUGGAAAUAGAUCGAGCAGAAAUCAGGUUGUGGAGUCGGCGGCACGUGUAUUUUUAAAAAUUUUAAAAAAAAACUAAUUUUUUAAAACAUCACGGAGAGUGUGUUUCCGUGCGAGUCUCGUUUUUUGCCGGGACUGUUUUUUUAAUACGACUGGUAAACUACGUUGCGUGAAACGGUGGUUGUUGAUCAGUGGUUAUUUUAUUCUCACUAACGUUAUCACAAGCGCGCACAACAUGUAUUUUUCCCGCGAAAAAACACGUAGGAAAUCGUUGUUGAUUUUACGGGGGUGUGGCGUGGAUGGUAUGAAUUUGUUUGAAUAUUCAGCGGUAUUUAACUUUAUAUAGCUGAAUUUAGCUGUAUUUAGCUGAAUUUAACUGUAUUUCUAAAAAGCGUACAGCAUCUGUUCACGCCCACCCUUCUUCCCUUCCUCGUCACAGCGUGGCAUUAGGGUGUGGACGCUUGUGGUGAUGUUGACGAUAGCGAACGGGUUCCUCGCGCGUAUACUUACACGUGCGGCGAUAUCUCGAUCAGCGAUCGAAAACGCCGCGUGAGUUCGCGAUCUUAAUUAAUUACCCGAAUAACGCGAUUAAUUUACGCCAAUGAUCUCAGGUUUAUUUUGCGAUGGCCUCGUCGAUGGGAAAUAAACAGCACAGCAUGUUCGAUGCAGGUCCGGUUAAUCUAUGCAGACCUGCUAGAUGCUGCUUAUGUUGUAUAUAGACAUGUAUAUAUAUAUAUAUGUAUAUAUAUAUAUAUAUAUAUUAUAUAUAUAUAUAUGUGUGUGUGUCGGCUAGUCAUUGAUCAUUGAAGUUCACAGUGUUAGUGAUUGAUCUGUCUUGUAACCCAUCAGGGCAUUUACUCGUGUCGCUCGCGUGUCGAUGCGGUACUUAAAAAAUCAAACAUGUUUGUAAAAACCAGGGGCGUGGCUAUUUCAGGAGGUGGUGGAGGGAGGGUGAAGCCUCGUGCGGCUUGUGUUCUUGGCAGUUGACCUUGGGCAGUUCGGCAUUGACGUGUAAUAGUAUCUAGAUUAGUCUGGAGGGGCAAACGCCUCCCGGCCCUCCGCCACAAGCUACGACCUGAAAAUUUCAUAAUUCGUUAAUUAUUAAUAUAUUUAAUUUCAAUAAUGAGUAUUAAUUAUUUGAUUGUAUGUCAAAUACGUCUCGCCUAGCGAACUGAUGUGUUGUCGUGCACAGAAAGUCAUCGUCGUGACGUUUUAGACUCGUGGGUGUCCAUUUAUGAUGUUUGAGACAGUGUGCCCCCUGAUCUCUCUACACUAACUAGCUGAUAUUAAUAUAUAAUUAUAACUAGUUAGUAUAUAGAGAUCAGUGCAGCACGCCCCCUGGUGUCACACAGUAUUCACACACCUUGCCCAACACUCCCUCUAUCUUCUAUACGCUGAGCCGAACUCUUGCCAUCGAUUGUGGUCUAUUGAAAUUAUAUCGAUAUGUAAUCAAUAUUAUUUUAAUUUAUGCAGUGAUUGCGGUGGGAAGCGGUUAUAGGAAUAGGUUUUACCGUUGCACUAGGGAAUUAAGCACGGUUUCUUGUAAUGUGUGCUGUAUAAAAUUAAAUGAUUGCAAUAAACGAGCGUGAGGCAUUUUGUGAAAUUAA